GACUGUUGGGCUAAGAGAGGGCGACUAUACCAACAGAGUUACAACGUGCAGGACCCGGAGUUAGAGGAAAUCAAGGAACAUCAUAGGCAAGCGAGACGGGAAAAGCAAGAAUUAGAGGAGAUGAGGAGGGCGGAGGGAGAGAAGAAGACCAAGGAGGAAGAGGAACGGCGAAAGAAUCAGGAUUUUGCCAGAAAGAUUGAGGAACUACGUCUGCAACUGCGCAUGGACCUCAACAAGGAAUGGCGACAAAGGGAGCAGGAAGCGACUGCUGCGGUAAAGAGCAAUUUGGAUGACGGACAGCCGACUGUAAAAAAUUGGAAGGAUAGGAAGUGCGGACGGAAGGGAAAAAAGUCUAGGAGGGGACAACGCUCUGACUCGAGUGAGUCAUCGGACUCGGAGAGUGAAUCCGAAUGGGACUCCACACUAUCGACUUCUUCGAAAGAGGAUGGUAGCAAGGGGAGGGGUCGACGCAAGAAGGGGAAGGAGAGGACACGUGGUGCGAAGAAGAAGAUUACGAAACCGAAGGAUAGGAAGAAAGUCGUCUCACCGGUAAACCUUACUCCGAGGUUUGAACGGGGCGAGUGUUCAAAGCAUUGCACAUCCGGACUAGAGAAAGAACACGGAGAGCAAAGACCAGACGAGGAAGACCGGGACGAACGUGAGGAUGAGCCAAAGACCCCACUAACGGGUGGGUACAAGGGGCUCUCGGCGGGAUGUUCACAAAAAGGCUUGAUCGAAUAUUGCAUCUCUGCCCACAAGAUUUACUCAGGCAAGAGUGCACUAGAUCUCAGGAAGUUAUGUGAUAAGAAGGGAAUUCGCUACACGAAGAAACCAGAGGUAGUUGAGUUGCUAACAAGACAGCAAGUAGAGCUCGCAUAUGAGGGAUUUGAGGAGAAGGAAGGGGAGGGCAGUGCGGACAAGAAAGGAAAGGGGAAAGCUCAACAGACGCCAAAAGCAGAGAUUAGGAAGGACCAGAUCGUACACGAGCACGCGACCCGGUGGCGAGAGCACUGCAGAAAUGCUAGGAACUACGCGCUGGGUCUUACACCACACCUCUAUAGGCGGCUGCGGUCUUUUGGCCUAGAGAAGUACGUACUGCUGCUGAUUCGGCACACAGAGAAGGAUGACGAUUACGCAUAUGAGAAGUUUCUGAUAGCGAAUUUUUGUCCAAGUCUCAACUCACGGGACAUUGAUAAACGUGAAGUUAGAAGGCGCAGGAAGGUGAGGAAGGGCCGUAGGGAGAGGAAGGGUAGAUCAGCUGGGACCGCCGUUAGGGAGGCAGUAAUUGGUCGUUACCAAGAAAGCAGUUUUGCUUCCUUAUUUAACUGGCUGAAUAGCAGGUGUGGCACGGGGGAGGUACACAAAGUGGUGGACUUCAGUAAGGGAGCAUUAUGGAUUGAUGGUUGGAAGGUGAUUAGGAGGACGUUUGGGGAGACAAGGCUUCUGAUCGCUGGAAGUCGGAUGCGUCUCAAGCAUGCAAAGGAGAAUUUGCAGAAAGGUGGAACUGUGGUUUUCCUGAGGAUUGUGAAGAUGAAGACUACGACCGAGAAAAAUAAUUUUUUUCUCGCAAUGCUCCUCAGGCGCCCAAAACCGUCAUCGCAGUUGGCCAACCUGACUACGAACAAACUCGUAGGGCUCUACUGGGCGGCUGGCUGCUUCGCUGAGAAGAAAACUAAGCUUGCCCUGCGUUGGAAGAUCGACAGUGCUAUCAGGAGGAAGACGGGUAUCGGCGUGAGAAGAAGAAUCACUGUGAAGCUGCGCUACGAUUCCGACAUACGGAAGAGAGGAGUGCGGGAAAUGGUUGAGCAAGUUGUUGACGGUAAGGUUCAAGAGAAGGCAGUCGCAGGCUUCAUGAAGACCAGAAUUCGGGUAGUUUGGUUGAGAAACAGAACGGUGGGUCAGCUGCUUCAUAACCAAAAGGUUUUUGCGAUGGAGGAGGAGUUUUCCUGUGGAUGUUCCAACUCCAGUCUCCCAAAGAUGGACGGACAUGGAGCGACGAGAUUCGCCGAGCUGCCUGAGGUUCCCCAAUUCUUACGCAACUCCAAGAACAUCACGAGAUCCAGCAGGGCUUUGAAUGGGGACACCUUGGUCCAAGCAGUGCUAGAUGCGACUAAACACAUUCAGGGAAUCACACCAAAGAUCGUUGUGCCUGAGGGAACCAUCGCCGAAGAAAGGGGUACAUCCGUGGCUUGGACAGAUGACGAAGUCAAGAUGUGGAGCAAGAAACUAAGUGGACUGGUGUUAGUCCCGGUUGACCGAAAUCAGGGAGACACGGCGGUUUUCUGUCCUGUUCUGUAUAGACAUGCGUUUGGGAAGGUCUUCCUCUAGAACACAAAUUACUGCGAAGUCUGCCCGACUGCUCUAGAAGCUGA